AUGUAUUAUUCUUCUGUGAUCAAGUAUAUUUCCUUGCUGGCCUGUGCAAAUUCACAGCUACUAGAGAUCCCCGCUGUGGAUGCUAUAGUCAGCUCUGCCAUGCUCCCCUUUGAGCAGUAUAUGCCCCUCGGUGCUCCAACGAAAAUCGCCUCGGCUGCUGUAAGCUUUGAAACCAAAGUCGCCGCGAACGCCAAAUCUUCAGUUGCAGCAGCGGCCGCGGCAGACACUCCUUACUGGCUAGCAGACAUCGCUCAUCAAGGUCUCGCAGCCUUCAACCCAAACCCUUCUGGCUAUAAAGUCUUCCGAAACGUGAAAGACUACGGAGCUAAAGGUGAUGGUGUGACCGACGACACGGCCGCCAUCAACGCGGCCAUAAGCGCCGGUGGUCGUUUUGGCCCGGCAAGCAGACAAUCCUCCACAACGACUCCCGCGAUAGUCUACUUCCCAUCUGGAACGUAUCUAAUCUCAACGUCGAUCAUCGAUUACUAUUUUACCCAGCUGAUUGGCAAUCCGAAUGCCAUGCCCGUCAUAAAAGCAACUGCAGGUUUUGUCGGACUCGGGAUGAUUGACGGUGACCAAUACCAGAGCGACGGAAACCAGGGCUGGACGUCGACAAAUGUGUUCUUCAGACAGAUUCGCAAUUUGAAAUUGGACUUGACUGCAAUCCCUGCCGCUACGGCUGCGACUGGUAUUCAUUGGCCGACUGGGCAAGCUUCUAGCAUCGAGAAUGUUGUUAUUGUGAUGAGUUCUGCUUCUGGAACGCAGCAUCAGGGCAUCUUCAUUGAGAAUGGGUCUGGUGGCUGGAUGACCGAUGUGGUAAUUACCGGUGGACUGUAUGGUGCUAAUAUUGGCAAUCAGCAAUUCACCAUGCGGAACUUGGUCAUUUCGAAUGCAGUGACGGCAAUUUCUCAGAUCUGGAACUGGGGGUGGACUUAUCAAGGUCUAUCGUUGUCUAACUGCACAACUGCUAUUUCGAUCAGUAACGGUGGUGCUGGGAAUCAGCUCGUUGGAUCGGUCAAUAUUCUUGACAGCACGAUCCAAAACUGCCCUACCUUUGUUGAUACCGCUUGGCAGUCCUCGACACUGUCGACUGGCAGCCUUAUUAUGGAGAACAUCAACCUGAAAAACGUCCCCGUUGCAGUCAAAGGCGUCAGUGGUACUGUCCUUGCCGGCUCGACGGGUUCAACAACCAUUGGCGCUUGGGGACAGGGCCACAAGUAUACUCCAAACGGACCGACCAACUUCCAGGGCUCCUUCACUGCGCCCACGCGCCCGAGCGCUUUGCUUGCUGGCGGAUCGAACAGGUAUUUCACCAAAUCCAAGCCUCAAUAUGCGCAAUCACCAGUGGCUUCGUUUAUCAGCAUUAGAAGCGCAGGCGCCAAAGGAGAUGGUUCAACCGACGACACGACAGUCAUUCAGUCCACAUUGACAUCUGCCGCGUCUGCAGGUAAAAUUGUGUUCUUUGAUCAAGGAACCUACAAAGUCACGAACACUAUUUACAUCCCGCCGGGCUCUCGGAUUGUCGGCGAGGCAUAUUCUGUCAUCAUGGCCACUGGCAGUGUAUGGUCGAGUAUUACCAAGCCUGUCCCUGUGGUUCAAAUUGGCAGACCUGGAGAAUCCGGGUCCCUUGAAUGGUCCGACAUGAUAGUGAGCACCUCGGGCUCCGCGCCGGGAGCUGUACUCAUUGAGUGGAACUUGGCGGCGACGUCAGGUUCUGGGAUGUGGGAUGUUCACACUAGAAUUGGGGGCUUCCAAGGAUCUCAGCAGCAGGUCGCUCAGUGCCCGACGACAGCAGCUGUCUCUGCGGCCUGUCAGGUUGCUUACAUGUCCAUGCACAUUACCAAAGUCGCCAGUGGUGUUUACUUGGAGAAUGUCUGGCUUUGGACUGCCGAUCAUGACCUCGAAAGCCCGACUAAUACCCGGAUCUCGGUGUAUUCCGGCCGUGGCCUCCUAGUAGAAGGAAAGAAUAUUUGGCUAUACGGAACAGGUUCCGAGCAUCACUCGCUGUAUCAGUAUCAGUUCUCAGGCGCAAGCUCGAUUGUGGCAGGGUUCGUGCAGACGGAAACUCCAUACUAUCAGCCAAAUCCCAACGCAGCGAACGGCCCGUACCCUAGGAACUUGGCUCUCGGUGACCCCGACUAUAGUAGCUGUCUCGGCGGAAACUGCAACUCGCUUGGUCUUCGGAUUCUCAAUACCAAGGACGUGAUUAUCUAUGGGGCAGGGCUAUACAGCUUCUUCAACAACUACAGCACCACUUGCUCCACAUUCCCCCUACCCGAGGAUUGCCAAAGUAUGAUCUUCAGCACUGAGGGCAGUACAAGUGGACUGGUAGUAUACGGACUAAACACUGUUGGGACGAGUUAUAUGAUUGUGAAGGAUGGGACUGCAUUGGCAACGGUUGGCGACAAUCUGGCUACGUACGCUGCUACUAUUGCGUACUUCACCUUCUAG